UCCAGGAAGUCAUGCGGGACUCUGCUGGGAUAGAAGAACAUUUUUGUUUUUUAAAAUGUGGUAAAGCAAUGCUUCCAAGCAUGUUCAAAAAUGAAUACCAGGGUGGCCCAGUUGUUGACAUCUUCAGUGCUCAAGGGAAAGACCCUAUGGCAAAAUGGAAAGUGUUUGGUAGUCAAGCAGCUAUUUGGAAAGAAUUUGACAAAGAGGUCAAGAGUUUUGUGUACGUUCUUGAAGGCAGCAGUCAAACAAAUAAGAUGCAGAUGCCUAAAGACAGCAAAAUGGCACUUGGACUUACCCAGAGAUACCUGAUUCUUCAGAUGUAUGUACCUUUGGGAAAUGACUUCACCACAGAAUUGAUGAUCACAGACCUGGGUAACCUAAAAAGAAGACUUUAUCUAUCUACUGUUCAUAAGGAAGUAUCUGCUACCCCCUUGCAUGCAAAGAUACCUCUUUCAUGUCUGAAACGCAGCAUCUGGUGUAACGUGUGUAUCGACCUUGUUUCAUUUACCAGUGAGAUAUUCAAAGGAGCUGCGUUUCUGUCUUUAGACGGAAUAAUUAUCUCAGCAACCUGUAGGCUGAGAAAGAUCUUCACAAUGAAAUUACAGCCACAAGGCCUUUUGGAUGAUGAAGAUAUGUGUAUUUCCAUUAGUGGUCCAACAGACAUAAUUCCAAGAAUCUGUCAGUUGCCAGCAGAUGUCCAGCAUGUUACACAGCUGAUAAACAUGAAUACACUGCGGAUGGCUGAAAUGAAGUUAAUUGGGUGCUCUUUAUCUUCAGAAACUGAACAAGCAAGCAGCACCAGGACAGCUAGUGCACGGAACAAUAAAAACCAAGACAUAUCCCACAUUGCAUUUGGAUCCAAGGUUCUGGGCCCUCCUCCAGCCACAGGAAGGAGAAUAAUUACGACUGGAUCACGAGAGACAGCAUACUCUAGUGGUCCAAGAAUAACCAGGACUUCUCACCAGUCAAGACACAACAGUGGAGACUGGACAGACAGAAAUACAGACUGGUGUGAAAUUCCCGGUGCCACAGAUUCAGAGAUACUGCACCACAGGAGUCAGGAAGAUGAUAAAUCAACUCAGCACACCCCAGUGCCACAUCAUGUGAUUCAACCACACCUCCCACAGGACCAGUCCAGGGAGAGGGCAAGCAGAGGGAGGCUGCAAGCACAGAGUGCUGGGAAAGAGCAGAGCAAAUGGCCUAAUGCUACAGAUAAAUGUCUGUUCUCCAUCCACUUAGAGAGCAGCUUUGUGUCUACAAAGUCUACAAGUCAAGUUCCAGUGCAUUCCCAGCCUCACAGGUCUAGGGUACAGCAUCAGCUGGAUUGUGGUGACACAGAGGGCAGCAAUGAGGAUGAAGAAACAGAACCCCAGCUAUGUCAAGUGGGCAUUUUCACUUAUUCUUCAAGGCCACACUCUGCACAAAAGCACAGAAGAUCCCAAAGCACACCUGUGAAGAACUUCCCCUUCAUAUUGGAUGAGAAAGGGGACAACAACUUGGGUCACAGGGGGGCUCGGUUGGAGGAUGACUUCCUUGGCAGCAGUAGUGAGGAGUAUCCAUCUGAGGGAAAUGAAAGAGAAAGAUGUAUUUACUCUGAAGUAAAGGAUGAGGUCCAUUCAAGAUUUAUUGUCCAAGAUCCCCACCUCAGAUCAAAAUCCAGCACAUUGCUAUCACUAAUCUCAAAUGAAAAUUGUGAGCCCUGUGCACAAAGGAUAUCCUACAGUCCUCAUUCAACAGAAGGAGAAUCAUUAAAAACUAGACCAGCAAAGAAAAGUAUGACUCUGGAAGAUCGUUCUCAUUUGCCAAAGUCAAGUAGAGGAAAUAUGCAUACUAAUACAAUUCCAGCCCAAAGCCUUUCUCCAACUGGAAGCAGGAAUGGACACAUACUGGCUGCUAACACAAUUAUUAGAGGCAUCUCAGAGGAUCAACUAAGGACCUCUCUGAGCAGAAAAUCACUUAAAGAAAUCUCACAGGAUGACUCGAGAUUGAAUGCAGAAAAAGUAGAAUAUGACUUGAGGAACCUUCAGCCGACCAGAAUGAGCUCUUGGGAGUGCCACAUGCUAGCCAGCCUUUGGAGACAACAAAACAAGGAGCUGGAGGAGGAAGGCAGAUCUCCUGGUCUUAGUGCAUCCCAGAUUGACAAUUGUAAUGUUAGCAUCAGCACCAGCAGCGAUGACACAACCACAUGGAAUUCCUGUCAACCUCUGCCUGUCAAUCAAGGACAUCAUUAUCAGAAAGAAAUGAAUCCAUUGUUACAUUCUAAUCCGCGAGACUGGCUGAAUGUUUUCAGUCCACCAAUCAUUCCUCCCAGUCAACAAAUGAGAGACCAAGAUGACAGCCUGAUCAAAAGGGACAUUUCAAAAGCUCUGCAGUGGAAGAUGGACUCCCGGAGGCCUGCCUACCACCGAGUCGCCCUACAUCCGUGGCUUGAGGGCAUAGGCCUCCUAUCGGCAUCCCAACCCAGCUGAGGGCACAGAUCGCCUGGUCUCAUUAUCCCCAUUUUUUAUUCCCUCCUCCCUGUGUCUGUUUCACUUCUUCACUGCAACUGAUACUGAGUUGCACUUAGCUUACUGUUUCAUAUCUGCAUCUGUGUUUUGGUGAUUCUUUUGGGGGGAUGUGACAGCACUGAACUGUGACCAGCACUGUCAUUUCCUCUGCAAGGUGUGUUAAAGCCAAAGUACUAAGCAUACUAUUCCUUUAUAUUUGUUUGUUAUUACUUUUGUUUUGUUAUUACUAGAAUUUGACUGAAUAACUAAACACUAAGAAAUUGUGGAGCUAAUUCCUUAUUCCCUAUAAGAGCAGCUAUAAACCAAUAUCUGAUGAAGAGCAGUAUGUCUGGGAUGUUUAUACCCUGCAUGCUGAGCAGAGUGCUGUAAAAAACACCAAUAAGGAAGAGAUUUAUACUGUAACACAUUUUCUUUUUUUGCCAUAAAACUGACUACAGCAAAGCAGAGGGAAUUGAGGAGAAUUUCUUAAAGUCUUUAAAUGCCUUUGUACAAUCAUAGUACAUUCACACUGCUUUUGCACUUCAUUUGUAAAAUGGUCCUCAGGGUCAAACAGAAAGCAGACUGACCAUUUGGCAUUUGAUCCAUUGACACUGGGUAAUCUCCAGCACCUUAAAUGGAAAAACCUUGUCUCAGCAGUUUCCUUUUUUCCACUUCAACGUAAAGCAGAGAUGUUUAAAGCACAAAUGUAACAGAUGUGAGAUACAUUAUGAGAUGCAGUCUUUGCUCCUACUGUAUACAUUUUAGGACCGCUAGGAAGUUUAUUUGUUUGCCUAAAGGAAAAACUGAUGAAUUAAUACAUUAGAAUUGAGACAGUUUAGAUGCCAGUUUUUGUCAUUAAUCUACAUAUAUUUAUUU